AUGAAUAUUCCUAGUAUGAGUGUCAUAGAUCCCUCACUUGAAUUAAUCGAUCCAACACCAGAUAUUCAUGAUUUAUUUAUGGAAUUUAAUACUAGAUUUUUCGGAGGAGCAUUAGCGUGCUGCGAAGUGAAAUGGAGUCCAAGAAUGUACAGUUGUGCCGGGAUUUGUUCCUAUGAAGUUCGCGGUGGGCGCGGUGGCUUGUGCUCAAUCCGGUUGAGCAAACCACUCCUGACACUCAGACCUAGAAAGGAUUUAGUGGAAACUUUGUUGCACGAAAUGAUUCACGCCUUCUUAUUUGUAAAGGAGAGAAAUCGUGAUAGAGAUGGGCACGGGCCACAUUUUCAAUCUCAUAUGCACCGAAUUAACAAAGAAGCGGGCACGAACAUCACCAUUUAUCACAGUUUUCAUCAAGAAGUUGCUAUGUACAAAACACAUUGGUGGAGGUGUAACGGUAUGUGCAAGAAUAAGCGACCGUUUUAUGGAUAUGUUAAGCGCUCAAGUAACCGUGAACCAGGUCCGAACGAUUUGUGGUGGGCUCAGCAUCAAGCAAGCUGUGGGGGAAAAUUCAUCAAAAUCAAAGAGCCGGAAAGUUAUGGUCAGAAGAAAAAACGAAGCAAAGAACCAGUGAAAAAUUUCUCACCUCCUGUUCAAAAGAAUACGUUAGAUAAUUAUUAUGUGGCAGCUGGAAAACCAACGAGGAAUAGUAAAACUACUCUAACGAAGGUUUUGAAUAAGAAAAAGGACCUUGUGAUAUUCGGUGGAACUGGAAAAAAGCUGGGAGGAGAUAGGACUGCGCAAAGCGUAGUAUCUGAUCGUCUUCCGAAAUCAAACGACCUUCCGAGAAAGCACAAUCCAACGAAGAUUGAGGUCAUUGUACUUGACGACAGUGAUGAGGAACGAAGUUCAAGCUCUCAAACUAAAAUGAUUAAAAAAUCUGAUGCAAAGAAAUCAGAUUCUCCUGAAAUUUAUGUCGAUUGCGAUGAUCUUGAAGUUUCUUUCGUUGUUCCUGGUUUGCCAGGUAGUGCGCAAAUGAUCAUAUGCCCAUCUUGUAACACAGAAGUAGCUGAGGAGCUUAUAAAUGCCCAUUUGGACAAUUGCCUCGCCUGA